ACAUAAGUAGGGUACCCAGAGUCAAGAGCAUAUGCAUCUCUCAUUCAGCUAGUACACACACACACACACACACACACACACACACACACACACACACAACACACAAACACAAACUCAUAUGCACACACAGGAGCAAAACUGCAAUGCAUACACAUACAUACACAAUGUACACUCUCUCCUUAUAAUCCAAAGCCCCAUAGCAGUUGAUAUACGUAUCUCUGCAGUUGUAUUUUUGCAGGAUGCCCAGUGUGUGUGAGGUGUCAUUAGCUCCACGUAAAGAAGGCACAGGAUGAACCCCAGGCUGGUCAGGUCCAGUGAGUCAGUGGAGCUUGCCUGGGCAUGUCCCACUGUCACAGCAAACACUAACGCUGCCAUGUGUCCUGUGACUGUUACGCUGUAGCUCUAACACGGGCUGCCAGUCCUGCCACCUUUCACCAUUACAGCUUUUACAAAGCCUGGGUGCAUCUGCAAAUAUCACAGGGGUAUCCACCUAUUAGAAUGACACCAAAACUUUAACACAACACUGAACUACAGUCAUUCUUCAGUAUGCCAUACAACCAUAUAUACAUGGACAAGGGCCAGGGCAAUGAUGAAAACCGAGCCAAAUGUCACAUAAUCUGAAAUUAUAAAUGAUUAUGUAAAGAUUCAAACAGGUCUGCUUAAUUUCUCUGUUUUUACUCGCGUAUAAAACUUUCGUCUGUUUUUUCAGUAGAGUUCGCGAUGCCUGCAUUUCAGUGGCGCGCGUCACAGCCGCGUUCCUCAUUAGCAGCGCUGACGCUGCGCCCGCUGCGCCCGCGUGGAUGCAUGGGUCCCGUGCAGCCGCUGAGCAGCGGCGUCCACCUGUUCUUGCUUCGUGUUUUCGGCCCCGGCUCCACGUGAAAGAAGCCGGGGUGGGGGCUUGGGGGUGGUGGUGUACACUACUCCUGGCAGCAGCCAAUCAGCGUCCAGCUGCGGCCCCAGCUGUAUAAAAGAACGUGGUCCCUUAGCAGACGUCAGUGACCCGGCAGCUACAGUGUGGGAAGAGCGAGCUUCACGUGGGCAGCAGCGAGGGUAUUAAUACGCGUUAUAACUGUCAUUGCCAAGUCAGCAAUCUGUGAUAUAACCUGCAAAAUCGUUUUAAGUUAUCAGCUGGACCCAAGUUAUCACUGAGACCAGAACCUCUGAAGAUUCGUAUAUCGGGACGUCGUUAACAAAGAAAAGCAGCCAAGAUGCGUCUGGUUCAGAACAUGUCCACGAUCUCGGAGUAUCCGACCCCGGACAACUCAUCCAACAGUGUCAUUAAAAUCGCGGUGGUUGGCGGCAGCGGAGUUGGGAAAACCGCACUGGUUGUCAGAUUUCUCACGCGGCGCUUUAUUGGAGAUUACGAGAGAAAUGCAGCUACCCUGUACUCCAGAGAAAUCCAGGUGGAUGGAGAGCAGGUAGCAAUCCAGGUCCAAGACACGCCUGGCGUUCAUGUGGGUAAUGGCCUGAGCUGCCAGGAUCAUGUGACCCGCUCCAUCCAAUGGGCCGACGCAGUGGUCCUGGUGUAUUCGGUGACAGACAGCCGGAGCUUCGAGCUGAUUGGCCAGCUGCACCAGCAGGUGCGCGUCUUGCUCCCGGACCCCCAGGUGCCCGUCCUCCUGCUGGCCAACAAGGCGGAGCUCCUGCACCUGCGGCAGGUGGAUGGGCAGGCGGGGCCGCGGCUGGCCCACGCGCUGGGCGUGGCCUUCUGCGAGGUUUCGGCCAGCGAGAGCUACAGCGAGGUGCACCGAGCCUUUCGGCUGCUCUGCAAAGGGCUGGCCACGCCCCCCGGCACGGCCACGCCCCCCACCACCGCGCCAGAGAAGAGGAGGGCCUCCCUCAUGCCCCGCCCCAAAUCUCCCAACAUGCAGGACCUGAAGCGGCGCUUCAAACAGGCGCUGUCCGCCAAGGUGCGAACGGUCACCUCAGUGUGAGUGGGCGUGGCCUGGGGCGAGGCCCUUUAAACAGAGGCAGGAGGGGAGGCCAGGACACGCCCCCUUCAGGGCAGGGCGGGGCGGGGCCCGGGGCGAGCAGGCGAGUCACAUGCCCCAUGCUGAGAGAGACUGAUGACCUGUGACCCCAAAUCCCCCAAUAUGCACGCGGUGCUGGACAGCGACUCUUGACCUUUAACCCCGUGUGACACCAGUCUGAACUCUGAUUGAGGAAGUGUGCCUGUGCAUAUGUGCGUGCGUUUACCCAUGAUCUUCUGUUACUGCAGAGAUCUAAGAAGCCGCGUUUGCGCAAUGGUUGUGCGGGGGGGGGGUUUCUCUCCUGGCAACAGACAUUUUGAAGGCCACAGGUGGACGUUUACAGAUGCUUCCUUUCGAGAGGAACCCUAUUUUUCUGUCAAGGCUGAUGAUUGGUGAACAGGACAGAAGCGCUUAGUGUGUGAAACAAUGUCAUGCACACUCCUGUAUCUACGUGUGUGUAUGUGCAAGUGUGUGAGUGAGCGUGUGUACGAGGUGUGAUUGAGUAUUUGUGCACUUUAAGAUACGCAAUGUGAGAAGAAGUUUAUUUUUUUAGCUGAACACUUCAGAUGUGUGUGUGUGUGUGUGUGGGGGGGGGGCACGGCUCACUGUGUUUCAAAAUAAAACUUAAUGUUCUUUGAUUUGUUUGUGGAUUCAAGGAGCUGCACACACUCGCACACACUUACACUCACAUGCAUACACACACACACCCAUAUACACACAUACAAAUACUGUAUACACACACACACACAC